AUGGAGUCUAAUAGCACCAGCUCAUCGUCUGCGUCCCGAGCCACCAGAUUUAUGAUGGAAGGUGUUGGAGCCAGAGUUAUAAGAGGACCAGAUUGGAAAUGGGGCAAACAGGAUGGUGGAGAGGGUCAUGUUGGAACUGUGAGGAAUUUUGAAUCUCCUGAAGAAGUAGUUGUCGUAUGGGAUAAUGGAACUGCUGCAAAUUACAGAUGUUCAGGAGCUUAUGACUUACGUAUUCUUGAUAGUGCUCCAACUGGUGUUAAACAUGAGAGCACAAUGUGUGAUACAUGCCGACAGAAACCAAUUUUUGGAAUACGUUGGAAAUGUGCUGAAUGCAGUAACUAUGACCUAUGUUCGGUAUGCUAUCAUGGAGAUAAACAUCAUUUACGGCAUAGAUUUUACCGUAUCAGUGCUCCAGGGGCACAGCGCUGCCUUGUUGAACCACGCAGAAAAAGUAAGAAACAAGCUGUCAGAGGAAUAUUCCCUGGAGCAAGGGUUGUAAGGGGGGUUGAUUGGCAAUGGGAAGACCAGGAUGGUGGCAACGGCAGACGGGGUAAAGUAAAUGAGAUACAAGACUGGUCUGCUGCCAGCCCACGAUCUGCAGCAUACGUUGUUUGGGAUAAUGGAGCUAAAAAUCUGUACAGAGUUGGUUUUGAAGGCAUGGCUGAUUUAAAGGUUGUAAAUGAUGUCAAAGGUCAAAAUGUAUACAAAGAGCAUCUACCACUUCUGGGAGAGCUAGGACCUGGUCGUACUGGGCCACAUGGCUUACAAGUUGGUGACCAAGUGAAUGUUGAUUUAGAUCUGGAGAUAGUUCAAUCGUUGCAACACGGCCACGGAGGCUGGACGGACGGUAUGUUCGAGUGUCUCAGUACCACAGGCACGGUGGUCGGUAUCGAUGAGGACCACGACAUCGUCGUCACCUACCCUAGCGGCAAUCGAUGGACUUUUAACCCGGCUGUACUUACGAAGGUGUGCGGCGGAUCGCUGAGCGCGUCGACGUCGGCGGGCGCGAGCGGGGGUGCGGGUGCGGGGACGGGCGCGGGCGGCGGGGGCGGGUUCGCGGUGGGCGACCUGGUGCAGGUGUGCGCCGACCCCGAGCGGGUCAAGGCGCUGCAACGCGGGCACGGCGAGUGGGCGGAGGCCAUGGCGCCCACGCUCGGCAAAAUUGGUCGCGUGCAGCAAAUAUAUCACGAUAACGAUCUCAAAGUAGAAGUCUGCAACACUUCAUGGACUUACAAUCCGAACGCGGUCAAUAAAGUGGCGUCAUUCGAUGGCAGCAUUCCAGGAAAUUCAUCAGGAGAUCGUCUGUCAGUACUCUUAAAGAAGUUAUUUGAAUCUCACGUGACGGGCGAUGCGAACGAAGAACUAGUGAAGGCGGCCGCAAACGGCGAUGCGGCUCGGUGUGCGGACAUCCUCGCGCGGACGGACGGCGUACAGGCCGACGUCAAUGGAGUUUAUGGAGGACACACCGCCUUACAGGCGGCGGCGCAGAACGGGCACGUGGAGGUGAUCCGCGCGCUGGUGGAGGCGGGCGCGGAGGCGGACGCGGAGGACCGCGACGGCGACCGCGCGGCGCACCACGCGGCCUUCGGCGACGAGUCGGCGGCGCUGCGCGCGCUGGCCGCCGCCGGCGCCGACCUCAACGCGCGCAACCGCCGGCGCCAGACGCCGCUGCACAUCGCCGUCAACAAGGGCCACCUCGCCGUCGUGCGCUCGCUGCUGCAGCUGCGCGUGCACCCCAGCCUGCAGGAUUCUGAAGGAGAUACACCCUUACACGACGCUAUUUCGAAGAAGCGCGACGACAUAUUGACUUUACUGUUGGAUCACGGUGCUGAUAUGACACUCACGAACAACAAUGGAUUUAACGCUCUGCACCACGCUGCGCUUCGAGGCAACCCAAGGUACGUACAAAUCUCUUCUAAUUUGCUGAAUCGUCUCUUAAUAGGUAUGCAAUCUUUGAUAUUAGUUUAUUUAUUUAUUUAUACUUUAUUGCACACUUACAAGAACAUUAAAAAGAAAAAAAAAACAUACUGA